AUGUCUUCAGCUGUCAAAUCCAAAGAUCGAUCGUCCUCUGCAGGUCAAAAGUUUUGGCAUUUGAAGAAACUCGCUUUGGGAAAGGCCAACAACAAUGGUGAUCAACCCCAUCAGCGACCACCUAGCCCAGCAGAGUCGGCUUAUUCCAUUGAUACGAUGAGCUUAUGUGAUGUAGAAAGUCCAAAGCCCAGAAGCAAACGAUUAAGCGUGCUAUUGUCACACAGACGUCAAAGCGGUAGCAACAACAAAGUAUCUCCUUCAAAGGGAGGAAUGUCAUCAGCAAUGAGUGUCCAAAACAUCCAGGCGCUUAGUAGCAAUACGUCCUUGCACAACACGGUGCGAGCUUCUAAUACACCAACACGACCCAGUGUGCGUCAACGUACCAUGUCCCAUACUGCUGGAGCUACCAAUGCCAAUGAUACAAGAGCAGCAUUUCUUCGAACACGCCAUAGCAGUGGUGAGCAACAACAACAACAUCAACCUCAACUUUCUCGCCAUAUGAGCAUCAAAGAUCAACAACAACGAGGAGCUUUUAGUAAGCCUCAUGAAGAUGAUCCUGCAUCCAAUGGUAGACGUGUACGUGGUUUACGACCAGCAGCCUCACUUGCCAAUUUAAAGUCGGCAAGCAACAAUAGCCGAUAUAGUAGUGAUGACCAACAAUCACCCCCUUUGUCACCAACAAGUCCUCGUUCUCAACAACAAUCACCCGUGCUCUUAGCUGCAUCACCUGGUGGUGGUGGUGGUGGUGGUAAUCGCCCAAUGUCCUUAGCCAACACCACUACUACUACUACUUCGCGUGCAAGCAAACCACCCACUCCACGCAACUCACAACCACCCACUCCAAAGUCACCUGUAUCCAAGGAAGGUGCUGCUGCUGCUGCUGCUCAAGAUGAAUCGGAUGUUAGCUGGUCAAGCCAAGAAGAUACGACCAAGGAUGAUGAUAGUCUUUCAUCCCAUUCAUUCGAAAGUAACAAGGGAUCCGAAGAGUAUUGGCAACACAAGUUGGAAAAGGAACGGGCUGUCGUUAAAGCAUUGCAACGCCAAAAAGAAGCUUGUAACAAGGACAUUACUUUUCUGAGUCAAUCGGUGGAUGAGUUAUCAAGCGAAAAGCAAGAAUGGAAACAAAAAUAUGAGAAUGAAAAGACAAACAAAGAAAGGAUCCAGGAUGAUCUUUCUUCUACUACUGAUAAAUUAAAUGAGACAAGGGAGCAAGUCAAAAUGCUUGUUACUGAGAAUGAUCAAUUGCGUACCGAACUGCAGGAUCAGAAGCGUAAAUACGAGGAGAGCAUGCAAAAAGAAAAGAAGGAUGUCGACCAUGAAAAGUUACAAGCACAGUUGCGUCAUUCUCAAGACCAAGUACGCGUGCUCAAGGCUACGAUGGAGCAAUUCCUUCGCAUGGGUAUCUUUAGUGAAGAGCCAUCCGUGUAUCAGGACAUUGCGUCGCGUUUUAGUACACAGCUAAAAGCAAGCCCUGUCGAAUGCAUAGUUGAACGACAACAAGUAGCAACAGCACCACCUACGCCACCCACACCAGCGGCACAAACAUCAUCAUCUGAGCCAAAACAAAAAGAUGAGGGGUCAUCCAAGAACAAGGACAAAGAAAUCAAGUCUCCGGCAGACCUUGAUGUGGUUUUGCGAGAGCUCACACGGGAAAAAGAACUCCUCCAAUCUGAAUACAGCAAGAUCCCUAUUAGUGGUGUAAACGCAUUGACACGCCGUCGUAAGGAGGAACUCGAGGAACGGUUGGAUGCGGUGGAUUCUCAAAUGAGCAAAACCAAACUCAAGUAUCGAGAUCUCUUGAAAAAGUAG